GAUAGACUAACUGCAGGACUCUUGACAAAGCUUUCUGUUGCACACUGCUAAUCUUUGAGGCCAUACUUUCUUGCAUUCAGAUAAUGCUGCCGUGAACGCAGUAGCUGAGAGUCGACCGCGCCUUCCUCUCCAACUUCGUCGGGCCUCCUGAAGACAAUCAAGAUGGCGCUCGAACUUACCGACACCGACAAGUAUGAAGUCAAAGAGAUCAUCGGACGAGGUGCCUUCGGGAUCAUUCGAAAAGUCCGUCGGAAACAAGAUGGCCAUAUCCUAUGCCGCAAAGAGAUCAACUACCUGAAGAUGUCCCAGAAAGAGCGCGAUCAACUACACGCUGAAUUCUCUAUCCUCUCGUCGCUCAAACAUCCUAACAUUGUCGGCUACUUCCACCGCGAACAUCUCAAGCAAACACAAGAACUGUACUUGUAUAUGGAAUACUGCGGCGGCGGCGACCUUGGGUCGGUCAUAAAAGAGCUCAAGAGAAAGAAUGAAUACGCCAAAGAAGAGUUUGUUUGGAGGAUGUUCAGUCAAAUCGUUACUGCCCUCUACCGCUGUCACUAUGGCGUCGAUCCACCCGAGCCCGGCAGCGACCUUUCACGGCAGAAAACCCGACCUCCAGUCGGAGGGAAGAUGAUUCUUCAUCGAGAUCUCAAACCCGAAAACAUUUUCUUGGGAGAAGACCAGUCUGUGAAGCUCGGAGAUUUCGGCUUGUCAAAGUUGAUGCAGUCGCACGACUUUGCUUCCACUUACGUUGGCACGCCCUUCUAUAUGUCCCCAGAGAUCUGUGCCGCCGAGAGAUACACCCUGCACUCGGACAUUUGGUCCUUAGGAUGCAUCAUGUAUGAACUCUGCACCAAGGAACCUCCAUUCAAUGCAAACUCGCACCUGCAACUGGUACAACGAAUUCGGAAAGGGGAUUUCAAGCCUAUACCAUCUAUCUACUCGAAAGACCUUGCGAACGUCAUUGCAAACUGCCUGAAGACCAACCCCGUGCACCGACCUGAUACGGUUUCACUAUUGACUGUACCCUACGUGUGGAUAGCCAGACGGCAACAGGAGAUGGUCAACAUCGGAAAAGCUCUGAAGACUAGGGAAGAGGUUGCUGAGCAGAAGCUUAGGCAGGCAGAGGAGAGAUUAUCGGCCCUCGAAGCUGACAGAGCAGCAAUGAGGGCCGACAUUGGCGACCAGCUCCGCCGCGAGUGGGAGGUCAAAGCACGAUUAGAGAUUGAGCGUCAGAUACAGAUCGAGCUGGAGAGUCUGCGAAAGCAGUUCGACAGCGAAGUGGAAGCGCGUGUCUCGCAGACCUUAGCAAGGCAAAACCACACCAUGGGCGCAAGGGCACUGAGAGAAAUUCACAAUCCUCCGGGCUACAACAAGGAGAACCUCAACCCUACCUCGUCGGUCAACACUUCCGGCGAAGAGGAUUUCCCAUCUACCACCGACCUCACCGAUUUAUCCGACCUCUCUCUCAACUCUCCGAACGUCUCUACAAUCCAGGCAGCACCUCCAAAGAAGGCCAGGACUCCUUUUGCCAGAUCCAAAACCAACUUGGACUCUCCAGCUGAUGUUCACAUGUCUGAACCAUCACCAAUGUCCAUCUCCGGUCUUGCACUGUCACCACGAAGAACAGCUGCUGCUCAGCUUACAGCUAACUCUACAGUGACCGCCGCAAGUGCUAGGAACAUUUUCGCGGAGGCAGCACGACAGAAAGCUAAAUGGGAGCCGCAGCUGGCUCAUUUCUCUGAUGACGAGGAAAACCAUGAUCUCGAGGAUAACUCCGAUGACGACGCUUUUCCAGAACUGCCCAGCCCAACACGACCUAAGGCGACUGUGGCGAGCACCGACCCCUUCAAGAAUCCGGCACCCAUGCGCUCGAGGAACAAGCCAGCUCUGGUGAGACACCAUACUACGGCAGUUGUGCAAAACUUGGCGAGCAAGCCCACACUCUUUCCUUCCAGCGGUGCAGCAGCCCAGGUGAGAGCCGGCAUUGCGUCGUCGAACAAGCCAGCGGGUAGAACCGCCAGUGACAACGAUAGCAGACCCGCAGGAGUCAAAGCUGCAAGCCCCAACCGACGCCUCAGCAAAAUCCCCAGUCGCACGGAUUUGAGAGAACAAGUCGCGGGAGAGAAUGGGAGCACCAGCCCUCUGAGGCGUGCGGCGACAACCGGAGGCAGACUUGUGAGCAAGCUUGCUGCCGGCAAGCAAUCAGCUGUGCCUGGCAGCGUAGGUGGACGUACUCUCGUCGAACUUGCUCAAGCUCGAGCUGGUGGUCGACCGAUGAGCGCCGAGUUGGGCGUUAAUCUCUACUCGGAAGCGAAGACUGGACCGGACCGAAAGCUGAUGGAUAAGGAUCUUCCUGAUAUUCCACCAGUAUGGGAUCCUGAGGUGGACGAGAUGCCAAGUCCAUUUCUGAAGCGCGACACAAGGAACGUUCGACUGAUACGAUGAGCCACAACUCUGUGAGAGAACAGAAUACAGAGCAUGAUACCAUGAAACAAUGAAACCGUGCAUGAUGCGACACUUGGCCGGACGGAGCCAGUCUGGAGCCAAGUGGCGGGCUUUGGCUGGGUGGUGUGUCUGGGCAACCUCAAUGAAGGCCCGGGGCCGCGCCUACAAAAACGACUCUUCUACAACAAUCUUUUCUUCGUCUUGGGCCUAUAGGAAGAUCUCAUUAGAUCUUGUUCUCAGAGCUUGGAAGCACUUCGAGCGAGCAUUGCGUGCGCAGGAAAAGGCAGUUGAUUGACGCACGGAGCUUUUUGGAAGCAGUGGAUGAAUUUCCUUUUGUUUAUUCAGCAUUGUGUGCGAGGACCUUGGUAGGCGCUCUGGAUAAAAGGCCUGGAACUGGACAGCCCAUGAGGCGGCUGUGUUGGGUUUACCAGAUUGGACUUGAGCUGGGGGAAGAUGAUGUGAUGUGUACAUUAAGCCAGCCCAGUCACGAGACGACAAAGAUCAGAAAAUGAACAUUAGCUCCUGGAGCCAGCACCGACAUCUCUCGCGUUUACUCACCAGGCUCAGCAGCUACGUAGGUGGUAAGACGUUUUCGCAUUUUAUGGUGGCAAG